GCGCAUGCGCGUGUCCCCUGGGCCCCUGGGCGCGCGGACCAUGUGCUCUGUUGUCAAGGGCGCCGCCGGCGGCAGGGCCGAGUGUGAGGAGGAUGAGGAGAUGCCCGGCUUGUCGGACAGCGGAGACGAGGCCGCCUGGGACGAUGAGGAGGAUGAUGAGCUGCCACCCCAUGAGAAGCUGCAGACCCCUUGCCUGUUCUGUGACAGAGUAUUUACUUCUGCUGAAGAAACCUUUUCUCACUGCACUUCUGAACAUCAGUUUAAUAUUGCCAACAUGGUCCAUAAGCAUGGGCUUGAAUUUUAUGGAUACAUUAAGCUAAUAAAUUUCAUUAGGCUUAAGAACCCAACUGUGACAUAUAUGAAUUCCCUAUGCAACCCAGUGCCUUGGGACAAAGAUGAAUAUUUGAAACCAGUAUUAGAAGAUGACCUUUUGCUUCAGUUUGAUGUAGAAGACCUUUAUGAACCAGUGGCUGUCCCAUGUUCAUAUCCAAAUGGGCUCAGUGACAACACAUCGGUCCUGGAAAGAUUGAAACACAUGGAAGCCAGAGCACAGGCUGCUGAAGCUGCAUUAGCCAGAACACGGGAAGAUCUACAGAGAAUGAAACAGUUUGCACAGGAUUUUGUGAUGAACGCAGAUGUCAGAACCAGCUCGUCUUCCUCCAGUGCCAUUGCGGACCUCCAGGAGGAUGAAGAUGGUGUUUACUUCAGCUCAUAUGGGCAUUAUGGGAUACAUGAAGAGAUGCUAAAGGACAAAGUGCGGACAGAAAGCUAUCGAGAUUUUAUAUAUCAAAAUCCACACAUUUUCAAAGACAAGGUGGUUCUGGAUGUUGGUUGUGGGACUGGAAUACUCUCAAUGUUUGCUGCUAAAGCUGGGGCAAAGAAAGUGAUUGGAGUUGAUCAAUCUGAAAUUCUUUACCAGGCAAUGGAUAUCAUAAGGUUAAACAACUUUGAAGAUACCAUUACUCUAGUCAAAGGAAGGAUUGAAGAAGUUACCCUUCCCGUUGAAAAGGUGGAUGUAAUUAUAUCUGAAUGGAUGGGUUAUUUCCUUCUUUUUGAGUCCAUGUUGGAUUCUGUUAUUUAUGCAAAAAGCAAAUACCUGGCAAAGGGAGGUUCAGUCUAUCCUGAUAUUUGCACCAUCAGCCUGGUAGCUGUGGGUGAUUUAAACAAACACGCCGAUAGAAUUACCUUCUGGGAUGAUGUAUAUGGAUUCAACAUGUCCUGCAUGAAAAAAGCAGUUAUUCCAGAAGCUGUUGUGGAAGUUUUGGAUCCCAAAACUCUCAUUUCUGAAUCCUGUGUCAUUAAGCGUAUAGAUUGUCACACAACAUCUGUUCCAGAUCUAGAAUUUUCUUCAGAUUUCAUCCUGAAAAUCACCAAGACAGCUGUGUGCACGGCAAUUGCUGGCUACUUUGAUAUCUUUUUUGAGAAGAACUGCCACAAAAGAGUCUUGUUCUCUACGGGUCCCCAGAGUACCAAAACACAUUGGAAACAAACAGUAUUUCUACUUGAGAAGCCAGUUUCCAUCAAAACAGGUGACACCUUAUGUGGAAAGAUAACUGUUCGCAAGAACAAGAAGGACCCACGUUCUCUAAUUGUAACAAUUUUGAUGAACAAUUCUACUCAGACCUACAGCAUCCAAUGAAAAACAGUGUAUUCAUUGACUCUUAAAUUUGGGGGAUUAUUUCAUUAUAGAUUUCUGGUUGGCCUCCCUAAUGUUGAAUUCAGAGAGCAAUGUGAUAGAUGUUUCCGUUCAAAUUAAAAGAAAAUAGCUCUAAAUUACUAGCUCACAAAAAGGGAAGUCUGGCAAGUGACAGACAUUUAUACUAUAGCCAUAUAUGUUUCUUACAUUGUGGUAAGUGAUGAAAAGCUAUACAGGACAUGAAUAUAGUUGCAGUUGUUGAGUCUAUUAGAAUAUAGUGAACUGUAAACAAUUCAAGUUUAGUACAUUAGCUGGUUGGGUGUUUUACAUUUGUAGCGAUGCAAGUAUUUGCAGACUAAGGAUUUUUUUUUAAUUGUGUUUUGAAAGCAGAAAUAGAAAAAAGAUGCAGGAAGGGAAGGAGAGUACAAGGCAUAUGUCCUCGGGCAGCGGGAAGAAUACCAGCACUCACAUGCAAAUGACAUUUUGAGGGUAGCAACCCAAAAUCAAUCGUCAGUCAGUCAAUUUUAUUUAUUGAGUGCUUACUGUGUGCAGAGCUCUGUACAAAGAGCUUGGGAGAGUGCACUUUAGCAAUAUAACAGAACCAUUCCCUGCCCAUACAUCCCUUUAGAUUAUCACUUGAAGAAGCAGAUCCCAUGGUCAGCACCUCGCUGCUGCUUGCUGUGAAGUUCUGUCCCUUACAGUUUCUCUGUGAACCCCAAUUAAUCUGAUUUCUAAAACUUUGUAACUGAAGUCUCAUAAACUGUUUUUCAAAA